AUGUCGCAAUCCGCCGGCUCAUCCCUACAGCCAACACCUUCGAAGGAAUCCUCACCGCGAGACUCUGUCCCGGCCACACCUGCAACAAUCCUAACCGAAGAAAGCUCGUCAGGCAAGGAGAGCAUAGCCACUCAACUGGAGCACAUAUGCGUCGGCGGUGCCCUCGCAACCAACAAUCGCGAUUUCGAUUACCUGAAGAACGACUUGUGGAAAGUCGUCACUCCAACUUUCCGCGCUCACUUUGAGAACUUCCCGCAUCCCCUAACCCUGGCAGAGCACUCGAAUAUACUCCGACAGACCAUCCGGGAGUUCCCGGACUACCAUGUGGAGAUCAAAUCGGUGUGCUCCCAGGUAUCGGAGGAUGAAGGGAAUGCCAUUGUUUACAUGGAGACUGAGAUCACCGGGGCGCCGAAAAAUGUCAAGACGUACCUGAUCAAUGAGUUUCUGUUCAGGCGUGAGGAGGGCGUUUGGAGGUGCCAUCAUCAUAAUGGCAUGAAGGGUAUCAGUGAUUUCAACUUGCUGUAG